AAUCGUCUGAUCUCUAGUCCACUGAAUAUAACAAAUUCGGACUGAGAAAGUUGACAGCGUUGUCUGUUGGAUAGCGUCUUCGAUCGCGACCCCAAGACUGAGCUCUGCGUUUCCACGGUGAUCCCUGAUGGCCAUGCUUGCCAGAGCCACCGGUGACUUUGUGCGGCAGAUCGACCCGGACGGGUGCCUGAUCCCCCUGACCCGGCUCAACGACUCGGACAAGCUGGGACCGCUGGCGCUGGUUCUGAAGCGCCCGCGCCUCUGGUUCUGGCAGCGGCCCAAAUACCGGCCGUCCGGCUUCUCUCUCAACAACCUGCUGCUGGGGGACACGCCCAUCUGCCCAGGUGUGGUGGAGACAGACUUCCUGAAAUACGAGGGGACGUUUGGGAACACAGUGUCGGGGAAGCUGGAGGGGGAGGUGGGACAGGUGAACGUGAACUUGGAGGGGAAGGGCAUGUGUAAUCUGCAGUUCUCCUUUGGGAACCUGAAGAAGCAGGAAGUGGACAUUUGUAAACUGCUGCAGGCCUCCAGAGAUAGGAUGCUGAACCUGAAGCAUGGGCUGCUGCGGCAGGUGCAGGGGCGGGGCCGGGGGCGGGGCCGGGGGCGGGGCCGAAGGGCGGUGCUGACCGUGCUGAAGGAGCGGAUCGUCUCCACCCAGUCCUGCUCCAUCUCCCAGCAGGUGCAGGGUCUGGGCAGCUGCUCCGCCAUGCUGUCCCUCAUCGCACCCACAAACGUAAAGGUGAGUGUGCAGGAGAAUGGCAGCCUGCAGACGGACUGCAGCAUCUCCCUGGAGAUCCCAGAGGGCACCGUCAUCGCCUACAGCGUGAUGGAGCUGCACGUGCAUCCCGAUGGCCAAUACGAGCUCUGUUUGCAGCCGGACACUCUAGGGGGGUGUGAGGUGGAUGGGCCGAUCAGGGGGAGUGAAGAAGAGUGGGGGCCGAAAGACGGGGAACAGCCAAUCAGCAUCUUGCAGAAAGACCUCUCCGCACUGCAGGCUCAUUUCCAGUGCCUAGCAACCCUCCCUGCCCCGACCCGGUCCAGUCUGUUCCGGAACCUUCAGCAGGUUCUGCGUGACCGACCCGCAGUCAGUGUGCUUCAGAACGCGGUGGAGGAGCUGAUGGAGGGAGGUCCCUGCUCUUUGAAAGAGCUGGAGGAGUUGAUUCCCUGUCAGCAGCAGUGGGCCAGAGGGGUGUUGGACCUGCUUCAGAACGCCCCACCCCCAAGCCCUGCCCUCCUCACCUCCGUACACCUGCUGCUCAGCGCUGUGGAGGAGAUGAGUGAUGCUGGUCUGGUUCACCUGAGCACCUGCUGUUCUCCUACUGUGCUGAAGUCCCUGCAGGACCUGGUGAAUGGUGGCAUGGUGAACGGGGAGUCGGCCCUGGCUGAUGAGGGGGUGUGUCAGAGGGCGGAGCUGCUCUUCUCCUCCUCCAAUAUGGUGCUGAAGAUGGGCAGGCUGGAGGUGGAGUCAGGAGCCCAGCCGGGGCUCCGCCCCCUCUUCUUGUGCAUCGCCGUGCAAGGCCUGGCCACUCUGUGUACCGGGCUUUAGAGAGAGAGAGAGAGAGUGUGUGUGUGUGUGUGUGUGUGUGUGCGUGUGUGUGUGUGUGUGUGCGUGUGUGUGCGUGUGUGUGUGUGU